GAGGCUGCCCCUCCCGCGCCGCGAGCAGCCGGACGCAGAGAGAAAGUCCGGAGUUUCUUGUUCAUUCUCGGCCAGCGCGAGGCACGCGCUCGUCGACGUGUUGUCCAGCCCACCUUAGUAGCUACUCACAAAAGGGGCUCACUCCUGUCCCCGGCGUAGCCGCAACAUCAGUGCCGAGAACCACGAUGUGGCUGAGCCGCUGCGCAGGCGCGUCGCUCGCCGCCGACAAAGGCGAGGGCAACGUCUUGGUGGUGUGGGACUUCGACUGGUCCCUCGUGAACGAGAACUCGGACACGUUCGUGCUGCGCGAGCUCGCGCCUGCUUUAACGGACGAGAUGAAGCAAUUGCAGGCGGAGCGGCCGGCCAUCUUCGGCAAGGGCAAGUGGACGGCGCUCAUGGACCAUUUACUCACAAAGCUCGGCGAGGAGCACAUGGUUUCCCGGAGGCAGAUCGAGCACUGCCUCGAGGGCAUCCCGGUGUUUGUCGAGGUCGUCCAGGUCGUCCGGGAGCUUGCAGGGAGGGGCUGCGAGCAGCGCAUCCUGUCGGACGCGAACUCCGUUUUUAUUGAUGAGGUCCUGCGGGCCGCGUGUUUACAGCGCCACUUCUCGGCCGUGGCCACGAAUCUUGGGGAGUGGGAGCCCUACGCGCGCGAGGACCACGACGACCACGAGACGCACAACGACGACAUCCUGCGGGUCGCGCCGUACCAGCCGCGCGACCGGCCGCACGGCUGCCCGCGGUGCCCCGAGAACCUCUGCAAGGGCGCCGUGCUCGACCAGUGGCGCGCCGAGCUGCGGCCGCGCAGGGUCGUCUACGUCGGCGACGGGUCCGGGGACUUCUGCCCCUGCCUGCGGCUGCGCGCCUCUGAUACGGUCUGCGCGCGGAGCGGCUUCCCGCUCGCGAAGAAGCUCGAGGCCAUGAAGGACGACGCGAAGGUCCUCGACGCGCGCGUGGCCUACUGGGAGGACGGCGCGGAACUCGCGCGGGCGCUGCGCGCGGCGGCUAACUAGCACAGUC